GCGUGACUGCACUUUGUAAACAAAUAUGGUGUGGCCUGUUUGAAUUCGAUGUUGUUUUCGCUUAUUUAUGCCUUAAAUUUUAUAUAUUUAUGUAAGUGUGUUUACAGUCUGUGUUUCAUACAACGCCCUGAAUUUAAUUUGUUAUAUUUUGUGUAUUUUAAUUGAAAGUCGCUCAGGUAAAUAUUGUAGCACUAUGACGUUUCCAAAUUUCAGUGAUUUAUUUUGAAGUGCGCCUGAAAGCAUUUACGGGUAAAAUCGUCUAAUCACCAUGCCCUAAAAGUUUAUAGUCAGCGUAGAGAUGAUGAUCUACUCAUAUUAUACUUCAAGUCUAGAUGAAGAUGGCUGAUGAUUCAGAAAGAGAUGUUGUACCUGUAAAGGAUGGAUCUUCAUAUGAGAGACAAAGAAAUGUGGCAACUUUUUCACUAAGUGGUGACAGAGAUAUACUGCCUGCCCCAUAUAUAUCUAAGCUUGACCGUAAGGAAUUGGAGGACCGUUACAUGAACCUUGUGUUGGACAAAAGCCGUAUUAAGAAAGAGUGCAAUAAACAAGAGGAGACGAUAAAGAGACUGGCUACAAAGCUACUGCGGUUGGUAGCAGAACAGAAGCGUGACAUCCCUACAGCAGCACAGCGUCAUGAUCGCAGUCUGGAAAGUUUGGUUGUGGACCAACAGCAGCAAAUACAUGAACUGCAGCAGAAUAAUACUCAACUGCAGGACCGACUUACGGUUCUGCGUAACCAGCUUGCGGAACAUACGUCUCUUCAUUCUGCCGUACACUGCAAUUUUAUGAGAAAGACACGUUCACCAGCUCGUUCUAAUACUCGGACCUGCACGAGUUCCAGAAUACCAGCUGUUGUACCAUCACAUGAUUCUCAAAAUAUGUUCCAGGAAAACUCACAGACCAAUACUCUUCGCUUUAAAACUGCUGCCAGUCCUUCUCAGCCGCUAGGGACAGAAGUAAUACCAGACCAUGAGAGAUUUAUUGAUGAACAUACGUCAGCUGAAAUUCCAAGCAGCAAUACUGCUGCUGUGGAACAAAACCAGGAGUUUCCAAAAGAAAUUAUGAGACUCCAUGAGCAAAUUAGCAUCUUGGAGCAGGAUUUGGAGACACAGCGUGAACAAAGCAGUGCUCGUAUCAGUGAGCUGGAGGAUGAGCUUGCUAAUGCUGUGGCGCGAGACCAGAGACAGAAGGUUGCCGAAAAUGUGGAGAUGAUUCGAUUGCAACGCAGUCUCCAGCAGCAGUCGGCCCAUCUGGUGGCACAGAGUGCAAAGAACCAAGUUCUGGAACAGGAAGUGGCACACUUGCGUCAGGAGUUGGAGGCUGUGCAGCAAGAGAAUGAUGAACUUAAACACCAGCUGAUGAAUGAACAUCAGAAAGUAGCAGACAUGCAGCAGGAACUCCAAGGAGUGGGAUCAAAUCGCCAGUCGGUCAGAGAGCUUCAGGAACAAAUUAGAGACGUUCAGAAUGAGCGGUCUACCUUGAAGGAGCACAAUGAACGCCUCUUGGCACUAAUGUCAUCAAGGCAGAUCCAGAGUUCAGAACAGGAGGUAGAACUUCACUCGCAGGUGUCGCGGUUGGAAACUACGUUGGCAAAAGAACAGAGUGAACGAGCCCAGUUGAUGCAACAGAUAAAACAACUACAGCUGGAGGUGGCACAGUUGGAGGCAGCUUUAGGAAAAGAACUGAAGGAAAAGAGCAGUUUAUUAGGGACUCUAAAUGAGAUGCAUCAGAAGAUGCCUGAACCAGAACACUCAUAUUCUGCUGACAAAGAGAGUGCUCUACAUAUCCAGGUGGCACAGCUCGAAGCCACAUUGGCCAAAGAACUGAUUGAUCGUACGCACGUUCUUCAAAGUCUUGAAGAAGAGAGGACGCAAAUGGCAGCGCUGAAAGUUGCCCAUACUCAGUUGCUAGUCAAAUUGCAGGAUUUACAGGCUCGACUUUCUGAGACCGAGAGGCGGCUGCAAACACUUCAGCAGGAUUCAAGGAGAGAUGUCACUUUUUAUAUCCCACCACCUGCCCUGUCUGUGUUACUGUCACAGUCUCCGCCACGCAUUCCAACACUAGAAGAAAGCCAGCUUGCUCUGAAUCUUCAUGAAAGAUUGACGUCUAAACCUACGAAGAGUUGGCCAGUGUCUUCUAGUGCCUCAUUUACUGAAGACUUAAGUAUCUCUUCAAACAGGAUGAAUUACAAGAAACAACAAGCUUUGGAUACUGCCAGUGCAAGUGAGUCUAUGCCUGAUAUGUCGGCUGACAAUCAGACGUCUCGGACAUCACGUUAUGACAGAAAAUCAUCUGCGUCGUCAGUAAUAAAUAAAGGGUUUCACAUGUCAACCAAGGUGUCCACCCGAGAAAAAAGUCUGCAAAGAAAAGAUGUCAACUACUGUACAUGUGAUCGAGCUCCUGGAGUGUUUGAAGAUUUCUGUGCAUGUUCACAAGUUUCCUCUCCAUCUUUGAACUCUUCUCAAAAAUGUGAAGAGUCAUUACAUGUAUCUGACAAACAAGAAUCUAGUGGUCUUCACAUGGUAGAUGCAAUUUUGAUGGCCAGUAGGGAUGAGAUUACUAUCAAUUCUAAAAAUGGUUGCAUUGUGUUACCACAUGAGUUGCAAUUGCCAGGAAAUGUGAUGGAGAAAUUUAACUCAAUUUCAGAAGAAGGUUGCCAGUCCAGUGAUAUUUUAGAAAGGUUAAAGAUUCCAGACCUUGUUUUAUGGACAAAUGAUGAGGUGAAUACGAUGGCUGCACUCUGUGGUGAGAACAGGAUUGCAGCUGCUGAUCAACUUGAUAUGUGUCGUGAACUGGAAAAAUGUCGUGAAUUACUUCGAGUCCAGUACAAUCUGAAUAGCACGUACAAAAAGGAGGUAGCAAGUCUUGCCCAGCAGUUGAAUCAAAGUGAGGAUGAUAAAACAAAAGAAAUGGAUGAAAUGUCCAAGUUAUUACAAAUGCACACAGCAAACAUCAGUAAGCUUCAGAACCACUUGGAAACAUCUAAUCUGGUUCACACAGCUCAUGAUACUCGUCAGCUUACAGUAGGAAUGGGAGAGGGCCUCUUUGAAAUCCAUGUGGAUCAUUUACAUCUCUCUCCUGAAGCACUAUCACGGCUUGUGGAUCAGCCUCAUGAUGCUGUUUAUCUGGAGAAGGAUCCCCCAAGUUUGUUUGUAACCUGGGUAUUUUAUGAUCAAGAUGUGGCAUAUACACCAGUGAAGGCAGCUGUAACAAAUGUUGAAUUUGACAGUUCCUCUGUUCAUAGGGUCACUGUAAAUGAUGAAUUUCUUGAAUAUUUGAAAAAGGAAGACUGUGUUGUUGAGGUCCAUAUGGCAGUUGAUGAUGCAAGUGAAACAGUGGCCAGUGGUACCUUUCAGUUCUCAGAACUGCUCAUAUCCCCACAAAACAAGAUUCACGGUACUGUCCCAUUAACAGGGACUAGAAGCUGUGAAGCCAUAAUUGGGUUUGGAAUUCUCCAGUGUUGGUACCAACUCAGUUGUUCUCUCAGUCUUAUCAAAAGUUACAUCCAGCACAGAAUAGCAGAUAAGGUCUCAAGGACAAAAAUGCCUGUUCCCGCUCCAAGACACAAAGGGGAACAAAAAUCUGAAAUCAGUCAUCCAUUUCCCAACAAAACUCCUGAUAACAUCAUCACAGAAAAACGGGUUCAAGCUGAAGACGAUACUACAGCGAAUAAAGCUGAAGAAAAGGUACCAGUAAAUGGCAGUACUAAAGAAGAAGUUCUUACAGAAGAUAUGGUUAAAGAAAAAGGUCCUAUUGAAGGUAGUUCUGAAGAAAGUUCUGCAGAACAUGUUCAUGAACAGUCUGUACAAGAAAAUAAAGGAACACUGGACAGAAAACCUUCAGACUCAUCCAUAGACAGUCAAAAUUCAAAACAGGUAUCACACAGUUAGUCUAUACUAUCAUCUUGUCAAUAAAUAUGUAAAUAAAAUAAAUAAAUCCGUGGCGUAACAGCUCCAUAGAGCCAAA